AUGAAGGUCGCUGUGUUGGACCUGGGGUCUCUGUUUGCCAAAAUCUUCAAGACCCCGACGGCGCCCCCCGCGGUCCCCUCGCCGGCCGCCGCCUCCAGCCCCUCGGGAGCCGCGGCCAGCGCACGGCGGGCGGGCUCCAGCGCGGGCGCCUCGCCUAGCAUGGCCGCGACCCUGACCCCCUUCCCCUUCCCCGCGCGGGCGCCCGACUCCCCCUCGCCCUCCAGGGGGCCGCCCGCCUCGCUCCAGCCCGCGCUCGCCGCCUCUCACCCCAGGGUCUCGGGGGCGAGCCGCGCGGCGGAAGCGGCCGGAACGUCCCUCUCGCUGCCCAGCAGCCCGGGCGCCGCCAGAGCGCAGCCCCUGCCCCCGGCCCCCGGCAGCAGCGGCUGCGGCGCGGCGGCUCCCCCCGCGCACGCCCUGGCCUCGGCGCGGCCGUCCGCGGGCGCAGGCGGGGUCUGCGCGGCGCUGCCGUCGACCCCCGGCGCCGCGGGCAGCCGCAGUGCCGCCGCGAGCCCACGGAACGCCCGCCAGCCUGGCCCCGGCGAGCGAGAGCCCGGCGCCUGGAUGCCGCCCGGGCCCGGCCCCAAGACUCUGUUCUUCACCCUGCCGGACAUCGGCGAGGAGUGGGCCUCGGACAGCGACUCGGAGGGCGGCGGAGAAGCAAGAGGACUGUCAGAAGGCUCCGGAAAGCAAAGUUUGGCUGUGAAAAACAAAGAUCCUUUACCUACACAUUUUACAAGCAAUGUGCAGAAAGCCAUUGAUACAUAUACCUGUGAAUCCGGGUCGUCAUUCCCAUCAAGCGGUAGCGCCACACCUGCAGGCGCCCACAGCUCUUGGUCGGGGUUUGGGACGCGGAGUUCUACCACUGGCUUAUCAACUGAGCGGAGCUCCAUUUACUCUUGGAGAGAUGAUGAGUUUGACAAAGCCAAUGCACAGAAAGUGCAGCAGUUAUUCUGGGAGGUGGAGGAAAUGUUAUUUGAAGGGAAAGUAAGCCCUCAGACUCAGAAUCUCGUGGCGGAAUGCAGUGAGUGGGCAAGAAGAUCCCUCCAUCUGAGAGUAUUAGGAAGACAGCUCAUCGUGCCAACUGAUGAAGGGUUCCAACAUUUCCAGGGCAGCAAGCCUAGUGUCGUGGUCCACAAACCCUUCUCAGAUGCCUGUGGACACAACCACAACAGCAGAGAGUUGUAUGUCUCUGGUUCUCAAAUUCUCCCUGCGACGUGCUCAGCCCUUGCCCUGCCAGGCCCUGAUGGCCCAGGGGUUGCUGACCUGAAGGCAGGCUCACCCCUGCAAGAAGAGGUUUAUGACGUAGAUGGAAAGAUUGAAGAAUAUUUUGCUUUUGACGGAAAAGAAGAUGACGAUGAACGUCUUGAACAAAAAUCCCCUCACCGUCACAGAAUGUGGUGGAAACACGGACUUCCGCCCGUUUCUCCUCAUGACUGUAUCAAAGAUGCGGUGGCCGCUGAAGUGUUUGAUCAUGUCUGGAAAAGUGUGGUAGAGAUAUUGGAAGAGCUGAUUCGAAAAAAUUGGGAAGUUACACUCACAGAAGGAAAGAAACAGAAAGAAAAAUUGAAAGUAGCUGAGAAGAAAUCUCCACUGAUACUCACAGCCCGUGUUAACACUGAUGCACCGAGUGUCCCCCCAGGCAGAAGCUCUGAAACCCGAAGCGUAUCCCUGGCUUCUCACCUCAAUCCUCCUCAGAUUCAUCGCUUCUCCAACAAUUUUUAUAGUGAUUUGAGUGGUGUGAUGACAAUUCAAGCAAAGCCAUUGCAGCAGAGACCUAGAACACAGAAUGAGCAAGAGGACAGAUCGUUGGGUGCAGGGUCCGGUGCCCUUUCUUUGGCACGGCACCGCCUGGGCCGAACCUCUGAUGCUCGAGUGCUCCACACUUCUGAAAGGAAAACACCCGCCUACACGAGGCUGCCUUCUCUUACUGCAGACUCACAGAGGAUGAAAACCCCCAAUGUGUACAGUGAUGAAGUUCUCAGGGGAACAAAACUGCAAACUGGCUUGGAGCGAGUGUCCUCCCCACCGGUUUCCACCUGGAGCAGGCUACCCCCAGUAGGUGCCGAGACCGGGGAGCAGAAUAUGGUGAUUCCUGGAUCUCGCCCUGUUUCUUACAGAGGGAGGCACCCACAACACCGUGUGCUAAGUGCGAUACCUGACAGUUUAGAGCGAUUGCCCUUUCGAGAAAGAUCUCUGACGAUAGAACACUUUUCAAGACCCAGCACGACCCACGCAUUUCGGUUAGAUACUCCUCGAAAAGGUUCACUGACCCUGAUGGAGUUUGCUGGUCACACGUGGACAGGUCAGAGUUUCUUCACAGGUUCACAAUAUCCACCUAAGUCUUUUCAGAGGACAACUCUGACGACAAGAAAAAGAUUCCAAGUGGCCUCUUGAUGGAACUUGAACUUCAAAGCCUCAGCAUACCAUUUAUCACUUGAAAAAUGGAAAAACAAGUAUUAUACUAUGUAUUUGUUUGUCUGACAGUGAAUUGUGAGCCUGUCUGAGAGAAGUGCAAACAAAUAAACAACUUAAUUUUGAACACUUGCUUUGUAAAGAGAAUACAAGUCCAAUUCACCAACCUUCUUUACUGGAAGCAUUCCAAUAAAGGUUCUUUAGGCUUUGCUCAGAA